AGGAUGUUUCAGAACCAGAGGAAUCGGACUCACCUUCCCAGCUGCCCAGUACUAAAUUAACCAGCCCGCGCCCCUACCCCUUGCUCGGAACCGGCCCUCUUGGGCGCAUUCUGCUUGGGUGUGUGCAGGGAAAACGCUUCUGUGAGCAGGCGUCACCACAGUCUGACUUCCCUCAGUGCGCGUGUCCUCCUGGAGACCCCUCGGAUCAAGCCUUUCCUUCCGCCGGCGGAGCCCGGUGAGCGGGUGGGGGACUCGAGUGGGGCAGGCAGGCCGGCCAAACAAGCCUCGGGAGACCGGCUGGCUGGCCAGCAGCAGAGCUCUGGGCCGGUCGUUUCCAGCGCGCACUAUCACAGGCGCUUAGUAGAUGUCGCUGUUGUCCGUGCUUACGCCGCCGGCCGGCCGGGCUCUGGAACACGUGACCUACAAGGAGGCUGCGGCUCAAGGCCAUUUUCAAAUCUCAUUGGCUUGGUUGUCAUGUGGUCGGCAGAGGCAUCCACAAUUACACCGGGAAUGUUUUCCUAGAGAUGUCAGCCUACAAAGGACACAAUCUCUCUUCUUCAAAUUCCUCCCCAAAAUGUCCUUUCCCAACAGCUCUCCUGCUGCUAAUACUUUUUUAGUAGAUUCCUUGAUCAGUGCCUGCAGGAGUGACAGUUUUUAUUCGAGCAGCGCCAGCAUGUACAUGCCACCACCUAGCGCAGACAUGGGGACCUAUGGAAUGCAAACCUGUGGACUGCUCCCGUCUCUGGCCAAAAGAGAAGUGAACCACCAAAAUAUGGGUAUGAAUGUGCAUCCUUAUAUACCUCAAGUAGACAGUUGGACAGACCCGAACAGAUCUUGUCGAAUAGAGCAACCUGUUACACAGCAAGUCCCCACUUGCUCAUUCACCGCCAACAUUAAAGAAGAAUCCAAUUGCUGCAUGUAUUCUGAUAAACGCAACAAACUCAUUUCUGCCGAGGUCCCUUCGUACCAGAGGCUGGUUCCCGAGUCCUGUCCCGUUGAGAACCCCGAGGUUCCUGUCCCCGGAUAUUUUAGACUGAGUCAGACCUACGCCACCGGGAAAACCCAAGAGUACAAUAACAGCCCCGAAGGCAGCUCCACUGUCAUGCUCCAGCUCAACCCUCGUGGCGCGGCCAAGCCGCAGCUCUCGGCUGCCCAGCUGCAGAUGGAAAAGAAGAUGAACGAAACCGCGAGCGGCCAGGAGCCCACCAAAGUCUCCCAAGUGGAAAGCCCUGAGGCCAAAGGCGGCCUUCCAGAAGAGAGGAGCUGCCUGGCUGAGGUCUCCGUGUCCAGUCCUGAAGUGCAGGAGAAGGAAAGCAAAGAGGAAAUCAAGUCUGAUACUCCAACCAGCAAUUGGCUCACUGCAAAGAGUGGCAGGAAGAAGAGGUGCCCUUACACUAAGCACCAAACGCUGGAAUUAGAAAAAGAGUUCUUGUUCAAUAUGUACCUCACCCGCGAGCGCCGCCUAGAGAUCAGUAAGAGCGUUAACCUCACCGACAGGCAGGUCAAGAUUUGGUUUCAAAACCGCCGAAUGAAACUCAAGAAGAUGAGCCGAGAGAAUCGAAUCCGAGAACUGACCGCCAACCUCACCUUUUCUUAGGUCUGAGGCCCAUGUGAGGCCAGGAUCCGAGAGGGGGCACCGUGUUCCAGGCCCGAGUGCUGGAGGACUAGGAAGGUGGAAACAAAACCUUCAUUGCUCUUUGUUU